AAAAUGUCCAAGGGUUUCAGUCUUAAUUUUAAAAAUGCCAACGUAAUGACUUUUGAAUAAGAAAAUGAUUUAUUUGCUGGAUAAAACAUCAAGGUAAUAUAUAUAUUGAAUAAGCUAGUUAAAAUUUCAAUUGGGGGAGACCUAUUAUGAUUUAGAGGUAAAACUUAUAAUUUCAUAAUAAGUUAGUUUAAAGUUGGAUAAGAUGUUGAAUGGGCUAAGAAAUGUGUAGCUGAAAAAAUAGAUUGUGGAAGAAAUGAUUUUGUAAUGCAAUAAGAAUUUAAUAAUAUUUAGGACUUGUUUUUCUAAGGAAAGAUAAUGCCAGAAUUCUUCUCUUUAAAUGAUAUCUAAAAUUUAAAGGAUUAAUCAAUCAUAGAAAUUAGAAUGAAGAAGUGAUUUAAUAAAUA